AACAGUAAAUGAAGGACUGUAAACCUUACAUUCUGCCUUCAUCACUUGACAAAGGUUACCACCACCAAUCACGGCGGGUCAUGUAUGGGGGGUGGUGCUCUGAGUCGCUGAUUUAACGUCUGAAGCUGCUUUGAAGCGAAUCCUCAUCAGAAGCCAUGCCUCCCUGGCUGCAACAACAGCUGCUGCUGCUGCUGAUCGUGCCUUGUAUCGUAUUCGUGCCGGUGGCUGCCGAUGUUUGCCUCGAUGGCAAGCACUGCGGGUCUGCCCAGUGCUGCCUCUAUUCGUCCGGGUGGGAUUGCUGCCGCUGGGAGAAGAUUGCUGAAGAUAGUGACGUCAUUCCAGCAGUCGCUCUCCCUCCUGCGGAAUCUGAAGACUCCAUCGACUGCUCCGGCCCCAUCUGCUUGCACAGUGGAGAACCACUCUGCUGUCCUGCCCCAGCAGGUGUUUGCUGUACCGAUGGAAGAGCAUGCUGUGCUGCAGACAACACAUGCAUCACUGUUGAGGACAUGCAUGUGUGUUACCCUGAAGGUGGCUGGAAACGCACAGGUCAGCCGACAAGUGCAAGCCCAAAACAGCAUCAGGAAGGUUGCAUGGAUGACAGAGGCUGUCCUAAGGACAAACAUUGCCAGAGAGUGAGUGGCAGUCAUCAGGGCGAGUGCCAACUCUCAGCCGAGGUCAACCCCUGGGCAAAGAUGGAGGUGGCACUGCCCACCCUUACGACAACUGCUGCAGCUGUUGUCACCAAGGCUGCUUCCCUGCCCUGGGAGAAGCAAGCGACCAGUGUCUCAUGUGCAAAUCGCCGGUACUGCCCCGGCGACAGCACAUGCUGUCGCCUCCCGGCUGGAUCGUGGGGAUGCUGCGGUGUGCCAAACGCGGUGUGCUGUGCUGACGGGGUGCACUGCUGCCCAGCUGGUCACGUGUGCAUGGAGAAGUAUUGUAUGAAAUCCAGCGAGGAAAAUUCUGUGUUGGUGAAACCAUAAGGAUUUCAUACUGUGGCAGCCCAACUUCUCAACAGCUACAUCCUUAUGGAACUUUCCACCAGUGCUGAAGUUGUAUGCAUCAAAAGCCACCUCCCAUCAAUGCCCCGGCUCCAAUUUUAACACACAGUGAAACUCCUUAUGUACCCUCCUAUUAUUUGAGUGAAAUUGUUCACGCCUUAGCGUUGUCCAUCUGUCCAUCGGGUCAUAAUUAUCUGGAAAACAUUUGUCAAAAAUGUAAUGUUAAUAUAAAGUUGUGUUGCUAUUACGAACGUAUCCUGCAGCAAAGCAUUUAAAUUGAUCGAGGGGGUUUCUGAGAAAUUGGCUGAAAACACCAAGUGAUUGUGAAGAAACCUUUCAGUCAAGGCACACCUCGCCUCAUUUACUGAUGACAUCAUUACUUCGUGAGAUCAACUCAUCAUGUGUGGGAAUCCUGUCUUGAUAUCACAACUCAUGUGCUUGAAAGAAAUUGUUAUUUUUGAUAAUUAAACAUUUUUUAAGGACAUGCUUGUAGGAAAGCGUCACGUAUUCAAUGUGUAUGCAUGAUUUUUCCUCUGUUAAUAUUGCUCGUGUGUUUUUUGCACGGAUAAGAGGAGUAACUCAGAAUUAAUGGCAAUGAAUUCAUAAAUUCAUCAUUCGAGUGUUGGUCAUGGCUAACAGUGACAAGUGAUAUAUUAACCAGCUGCGAGUUUUUAGCCAACCCACAUUGUGAGCAGCAAAAAAAAGUGCAGUAAUUUGCUUUGUUGUACUGUACUAUGCCCACCUUCACUAACCUGCACUAGCCAGCAUGGUGAAGUGUAUUAACUUAAUCCUCACAACGAAGAUAUGAUCAGCACUGGUGUGGGGGGGGGGGGCAGUGGUAAGGAAUCUAACUCCGAUUAAAAGGUUCAUAGCACAGUAUACCAAUCACUGUGCCACUGCUCCCCAUAUUUAAUUUAAUAAUUGAAAAUAUUACAUUUAUAACUAAACUUCCCUAAACCUCCACCAAUAAAGUACACUCUUGCACACCUA